CACUGAUAACUUGACACAUUAGUUUCUAUUUGAUCUCCAUUUAGCUAACUGGUUUCACACACACAAGGUGCAGGUCAUGUCUUAAUGGGGCCCUGUUAGAUACUCUUCCUUCAAAAGGGUUUUCCAACUUUUCUCUUCCACACACACACACACCAAGUUUCAGUUCAUGUCCUUACUGGGGCCCUCCGUAUGGACCCUUCUAUAAGUGAUUGUUAACCUACAGGACAACACUUCUCUGCAUCCAAACUUAAGUAUUUACAAUAACAAUAAUGCACUUUCUGAGCUGCUGCAUGAUGAAGAAAAUAUUUUGAAGUGAGAUCCCUUUUUAGGCCUCUGUUGGGAUAUUAAGAUAGGGAGACUUCUAAGAGUGACCCUCGUGGGGCCCUGGAUUAUAAUACCUUUAUGAUCUAUAAGUAUUUCCCAACUCAUGCUUCCUGUCAGAGCUGACUGUCUUCUUCUUUUAUGUCUAAACACUACGUGACAUCCAAGCAGGCUCCAGCAGCAGAAGAAGAGAUGGCUGUUGAUCUGUCCUCCAAGGUUUAUGGUGAAGAUGAUGAUGAUGCUGGUGAAGAUGAUGCCCCAAAGGAAUUUGCUAUCAGAGGAUCAUGCCUGGUGGAUUAUUCUGACACUGAUGGAACCGAUGAGGAUUGUUUAAAUGAUCAGCCAUUGGCUCCACGCUGUGAUGAAGGUGUUCCAAAGUUGAGAAGGACGAAAAGCAUUUGGAUGAAAAAAGUUCCAGAUUUUUCUGAUGCCCUCUACGACAGUGAUGACAGUACAGAGGGCCCUUCAGCUCAGUCCAAGUCUGAGAUGGCUUUACAAAGAAUGCAUACAUUAGAAGAUUUCUGUCAACCUGUCAGUGAUUCAGAUGAGAGUAUUGUGGAAGAAACCGAUUUUGAGGAUUCCACAAAGGAUGAUUCCACUGAGCAAUCAGACAUUGAAGUUCUUCCAAAGCUGUGGACAAAAAUCAUUCAGAUGAAAAACGUACCAGAUUAUUCUGAUGCCCUCUAUCAUUCAAGUGAUGACAGUGCAGAGGAUCCAUCUACUUGGUCUAAGUCUGAGAUGUCUUCACAAAGGCGAAGGAGAAGCUGCUUCCGUCCUAGGCUGUUGAAAUUGAAGAUUGUUCACAAGAGGAUAUCGAAGAUGCAAGUAUGGCAGAAGAUCAGGGUUCAGAAGAUGAGACCAUCACCACACCAUCACAAGAAAGCCCCCUUGCCAAAAACCAGAGGAGGAAGUUUGCUAAAAAGAGAGAUGCCAGUAUACCAGAAGCUCAGGAAUCAGAAGACAAGGACAGCACCGCAUCCCUACAAGAGAGGACCUCUACAGAAAACCAGAGGAGGUUUUCAAAAAAGAGAGGUAAACAAACUGUUGUUAAAAGAACCUGGACAACAGAAGAAUGUGCUGCAGUAGAACGUAAUUUAAAGAAAUCAAUUCUGAUGAACCAAGUCCCAGGGAAGGAGGACUGUCAGCGCUGCAUCACUGCAGAACCUGAAGCCCUGAAGAAUCGAGACUGGAGGGCAGUGAAAUACUUUGUUAAAAAUCGAAUUUCUUCUCUGCGAAGAAAAUUUGAGUGAAAAUGUUUCACUUUACAAGGUAAUAGACAGGCUUGUAGGAGGAGGUGCUAUAAUAUUUGAGAUAGCCCUACUGGAGGCAAAACAAAACAUGCAAAUGAUUUUAUAUUCACUGAAGUCUCACACAUAGGAAGUAGAUUCUUGCAAUAUAACACAGACUGAGCUCAGGUGCCUCAAUUUAAUUUUCCACUCAGUCUGACUGCAAUGAUUUCUGAUAUUAUUUAGUGAAUAUGCUGCAGUAUAAAUAAAUUCAACCACUUUACGUUAAAAUGUUGAUUCCAGAAUCUAUUUCAUUCAUCUGAGACGGAAGAAAAUUUAAAACAUGUUUGUGCUCUCUUUUACCUCCAUUAAGGCCAUUUACAAUAGUUGACAGGGUUGUCAUGUUUUUAUGUUAUUAUGCUAUUAUGUUGUGUUCUUAUCAACACAAGGAGCUGUUGGACUGCUUUCCUGAUAUCAAAGCUCACUGUAAUAAUCAGCAGUUGAUUCAUUUUAAGCAGGUGAUUGUUUUUUGAUUAUCACUGCUCUGUCUACCUAAUGUGAGGAGAGGAGAUGCAGGAUGUAAACCCCUGAUGCAGCCUUGCAGUUUUUUUGUUAAUAAAAAAACUAUAGAAACAACUAAUAACUCCAUCUAGUUUUUGGUCCCUGCUAAGGUAGAAAGACUUGACAUAUCUGUGUGUGUGUGCAGGUGGAUCCCACAAGUAGCAAAUGCUAGAAACAUGUCCCAUAAGUGACCAAAAAAACUAGCGUAGAGAAAAAACUUUAGAAUAUGGCUAAUCUAAAGUGACUGAAAAUUUUUUAAAUUUUUUUUAAGCUUGCCUGAUUUUUUACAGAGGUCUGGGACCAUUGGAAAGGGUGGGCCCCAGAAUUGGGUUCAAAACACAUGGCCCCAGAAAGGGACAAAUACAAGUAUGUGUGUGUGUGUG